AUGCAAUUGCGGAAUCUUUGGUGGACGUUUUUACUCUUCAUAUUCGGACAACUUGAUGUACAUUAUGUCAGGACAACUUGGCCCUCAUCAAACUCUUCUAGUAUUAUACAACUAUUGGGCCUUUUUCAAGAUAAAGUGAAUGAUUCUGAGCCUACCGAAUUGUCUGUUCAGUCUCGCGCUAUGUUCAAAGCAGCAGUCUUGCUUUCUCAACAAUAUAAUAUAACAAUUGAAGGACAAUUCAUAGAACGGCAAGUAGCACAAACCGGUGGCAAUGCAAUAGAUGCUGUUAGUAGUACGUGUCAGGUAAUAUCUGCUUCUAACAUUGUUGGUAUUGUGGGUCCAGGAUUAUCAAGAGAAACGCCCAUUAUUGCUGAUUUUGCAGAAAGAGUUGGUAUUCCUGUUAUAUCAUAUAGUGCAACUGAUCCUGAUUUUUCUGAUCGAAAUGCCUAUCCUGCUUUUUAUCGCACAGUUCCUUCAGAUAAUGCAGCGGCAUCAGCAAUUGUAAAACUAUUUAUUCGAUUUAACUGGACUUCAUGCAUAAUUAUUUAUCAAAAUGAUGCAUUUGGAUCUGAUGGUGCAAGAGUAAUAAAUGAGGCAUUUAUUAACAAUCGUUUGAUAGUCACAGAUAUGGUAGUAUUUGAUAUUGCAACACUUAGUAUUCGAGAUGAUUUGAAAAACUCGUUAAGCAGUAGUUCAACACGAAUUGUACUAUUAUGGGCUGAGUCAACUUAUACAUCUUUAAUUUUACAAAAUGCACUUGAUUCUGAUGUACUUGGUCCACAUUUCACGUGGAUAUUAAGUUCAAAUGUUCCGUUAAACUCUUUUAAUCAAACAUUUUAUCAAAAGUUAAUUGGAAUGCUCACUGUUGAACCUACAACAGCAAGUGUAGUUGGUGCACCAAUCAAUACAACAUUAUUAAAUGCAGCAUAUAAUAUCUGGCAACAGUAUGAGCCUGAAACAUUUCCUGGAUCGACAAAGGUAAAUUAUUAUGCACUAUUUGCAUUUGAUGCAACUUGGUUAUUGAUUCAAUCCUUACAACAACUUUGUUCAACAACUACUAAUAGUUCUUCGUCAUGUAUAUUAUUUGACGGCUCUUCAUUCUGUUUUGAUCUUCGUUUUCUCAAUUUCAAUUUAUUUUUUGAUAUAAUUACUAAUAUGACAUUUCUUGGUGUAUCUGGUCCUAUACAAUUUAAUGUUAAUGUAACAGAUCGAAUAAAGGGUAGUUAUUAUUUUGCACAAAACUCUCAAUCUUCUUCAGAUGGAGUAAAUUUCGUGCCAGUAUUGGCCUAUUCUGAUCAUGAUAACUGGCAACAGUAUGCAGGAGCAAAUGCGAUUAUCUGGCCAGGUAGUUCAUUAGUACCUCCUACUGGUAGUGCAAAACUUGAUGGUGUAAGUUUACGAAUUGGUGUAAUUCAAUCAGUUCCAUUCACAGUAAUUACCAGUGUAACAGAUGAAUUUGGACAGAAUACAGUAAAGUUAACUGGUUAUAUACCGGAUCUUAUUAAUCUUUUACAAAAUAGAAUAGGAUUUAUUCCAAAUAUUUUAAUAGCACCAUCAAAUCAAACCUAUGAUGCAUUAGUCAAAGCAGUAGCAGAUGGCGUUUAUGAUGUAGUGAUAGGUGAUGUGACAAUUACUGCGAAAAGAAGACUAAUCGUUGAUUUUUCAAGUUCAAUAUUUGAUAAUUCUUUACGUAUAAUUAUUCGAAAACCUUCCGGUGUUAGUGUCGAUCUCUUAGCGUUCUUGAAACCAUUCUCACCUAAUCUCUGGUUAUUGAUCCUAGGUGCUACUGUAUAUGCUGGUAUCUUAAUCUGCCUAUUAGAGAGAGGAGAAAAUGAAGCAUUACAAAAUAAAUCAAUAAUUUCUGUAUGUGCAAUGAGUGUGUGGUAUUCUUUUGGCAAUCUUGUGGGAUACGGUGCGGAUUUUGAUGCUCGCACAGCUGCUGGACGGUUAUUAACUGUUGGUUUAUAUAUGUUAAGUAUAGUAUUAGUGGCAUCGUAUACUGCAAACUUAGCAUCUGAUCUAACACUAUCAAAAUCGCAGAGUGUUAUUUCUGGAAUUGAUGAUAUUAAACGUGGAAAAAUACCAUUUAAUCGUAUUGGUAUUCGUGUGGGUACAGCCAUGGAAGAUUAUUAUUUAGCAGAAAUCUCUAACAAUAUUCCAAAUUAUUUUGCAAUACUCGGUGCAAAUACUCAACAACAAGUAUCUGAUGAUUUAUUAGAUGGUAUAAUCGAUGCAUCUUUUAUGGAUAUUGGUGCUGCAGAAUAUAUAACUAAUAAUAUAUAUUGCAAUUUAACUUUGGUUGGUGAUGAUUUUGAUGAAGGUGCAUUUGGUAUUGUUACACCUAAACAAUGGGUAUAUGCACAAGAUUUAGAUGUUAAUAUAUUAUCCUUGAGAGAAUCAGAUGACCUUAACAAUUUGAAAGUAAAAUGGUUUCAAACACAGAAUUGUCCUGAUUCAUCUGAAACAUCCUCUGCGAUGGGAAUUGAAUCACUGGUUGGAUUAUUUUUUAUCUUUGCAGUGAUUAGUGUUCUAUCAUUAUUAUUAUUUGCGUGGAAGAAACGACAUGUUAUAAAAAAUUAUCUAUUUACAAUCCUACUAAAAAUUCGUCAGCCAAAAAGAAGGAUUCUAUGA